UUGUCUGACGUGGCAAUAGAUAAUUUCCUCUUUUUCUUACUUUCCCAUGAUCUUAGCCCUUUAAACUGCCCGCUUAAAACAAAUCAGGCACAGACAUACCUGCGACGCCAUUCGCCGGUCGCCGGAGCUCCGGUUGCCGAUAAAUUCUCCGCAAAGGGCUACAAUAUGUCUGCUGCACAGGAUGGGAUCUUAGGGCGUCCCAAGGCCGAAUGGACUCCAAGUCGAGAUGCUUAUCUGGUUGAACUUUUUAUUGAUCAACAUAAUUGUGGAAGAACUGCUUACAAUGAAUUCAAAAAUGAAGUGAUUAGAUCUGUCACUCAUGAUUUUAAUAAGAAGUUUGGCAUGAAUUUGGAGGAAAACCAAAUUAAAAACCGUUACAAUGUUAUGAAGAAAGAGUAUGGUGUUGUUAAAACCCUGCUUAGCCAUACAGGAUUUGGCUGGGAUGAAACACGGCAAAUGGUUGUGGCUGAUGAUAAAGUUUGGGAUAGCUACAUUGCGAUACGAAGUGAAGCAAGGCCUUUUCGGCGAAAGAGCUUUCCCCUGUAUAAACAGAUGUCCAUCAUAUUUGAAGGAGAAAGAGUUACCGGAAAAUUCCUUGUUCCAAGUGGAAUACCUGUUGAAACUGAAGAGGGAAACAGCAACACAGAGACAGUGCGAUCAUCAGAGCCUAUUAACCUAGCUACACAGGUAGUUGAUGGUACCCUUGAUUCUGAUUCAAUAAUCCGCAUAAAUGACACACAACCAAGGAAGCGGAAAUCUGUUGCUGCUUCAGCAUCAGGUCGUAAAAGAAGAGCAUGCGAUAAUGUUGGAGAGACUCUAGAGAAUGCUUUAUAUGAGAUGUUCUCAGCAGCCACAAUGAGAGCUGUGCAAAUGAACGCCAUGAAUGAGAAAGCUGUGUAUCAAAAGUGCCUAGAGGAUCUGCAGAAAUUGGAAGAAUUGGAUGAUACUGAGUUUACAAAGGCUGUUAAUGUUCUUAAAGAUGAUAAGAAUGCAAUUGCAUUCAUGACAAUCAAAGGGCCUCGACGCUUGAUGUGGCUGAGGUCUCUAUGGCAAGUCUAGUGACCUUAAUUAUACAAAUCAACCUGUUUGCUAAUCAUAGGAUCUUAGCAUAGAUAUAUAUGCAUUAGUGUUGUAUUAUCCGAGCAAUGUGGUAUAGAUUGUGAGCUCUCCAGUUGAAACUUCAAUUGAAACCAACAAGAAAAAUGGGUUGCAUUUCCCAUGUUUGUACCA